AUGGCUGCUGGCUGGCCUCCACUCGGCCGCUUGUUGCAGAACCGUCGUGGCCUGGUGGACUGCACCGUGUCUCGACUCGUCCGCCACCCCAUCAUCUCGCGUCCACAAUGCCGUCGAGCAGCCAGGUUUCCCCUCCCCCCCACCUCCCUCUCCUCCCCCCCCGGCUCCCCGUUUUUUUUGCCUUUGAACUUCGCCUUGGUUGGAUGGAAGUUGCUGUCGUCGCCGACCAACCUAACCUGUCACGCCUCCAACUCGCAAUCUUCCUCCGCCGGCCGCUCGUCACCAUUCGUCACCAGCGUCACCAGACCAGGCCUCGCCCUGCUGAUCCAGGCCACGCCAUCCUUGCCGACCCCCCGCAUCCCUCCCCCCCGCCCGGGGGAGGCUAGCCAGCUAUUGCCAACCCUCGGCAGCACCGAGGCCAGAGCCAAACGGGAGGGUCUCUCGACGGCGGGCGAGGGCGAGCCUCUCUGCUUGCAGGAGCCUGCCCGCCUGCCCGCGGCAGCAGCCAAGCUUGCCACCUUGGAGCACCGGCCGUACUUACUUACAGCACCCGUCUGCCGCGAGCAGGCCCUGCCUGGCCCGAAGGUGCUCGGAAGAAGGGCCUCUGCAGGUGCUGCUACGGCGCUGGUCAUCAUCGACAACCCCCUCCGUCCCGCGGCUCCCUUCCAGCACCUCGUAGGGACCGGCCCGGCUGAGGUGGCGGAUUGUAGCGUGCUGAGCCGCCGCCUGUAA